AUGGCGGAGGAGCUCCUGUCGCAGUGUGCCGAACUCGCCGGGGGCAAGCCCGACUUUGCAGCUGCGCGCGAUGAGGCAGACGAGGCCUGCGACGCCGAGGUCAAGGCAGAGCCAGGCCACGAGAAGGAAGAGGUCGCGAACCUCGUCGCGGCGCUGACGCCCAUGCAGCGUGCGGCGGUGUCCAAUGCUGCGAAUCGUCACAUCAGCCUCGUGCGGGGUCCUCCAGGCACGGGGAAAACGCACGUCGCGGCCGCAAUGGCUCUGUCCGUGUCGUCCACUUUCACACAGGAUCAGCGAGUGCUGGCGGUGACACAGAGCCAUGCAGCCGCCAUCAACCUUCACCGAAGGCUGGAGCACUUUGACGUCCCGGCGGCGCGCGUCGGGUGGACUCUCUCUGCCCAGGAGGUCGUCAGCCAGAAGAUCUUUGAGGUCAUGCGAGCCAGUCGUGGCGAGGAGGAUGAGGAGUCCAACUUGCUGAUCCGGAUGAGCUGCUCCGGAAAGCCUGAGGAGAAGGAUGGCUUACGGUCCAAGGAGCAGCAGCGUGCCCACUUCGUGGUGAUGCGACGCAUGGCGAGGCUGAGUCAGGUGAUUGUUAUGACCUUCGCCUCCUCUGGGAACGCUGUUUUGUUGCAAGGCUUGGGUGAGAUACCCCUCCUCCUCGUGGACGAGGCGGCGCAGUGCGUGGAGCCCGGGCUCUUCGUGCCGCUCAACUGGGGCUCCCAGGCGUUUGCGCUGGUUGGUGACGAGAAGCAACUUCCUGCCACCAUCAAAUCCACGAAGGCGGUGCAGCUGGAGCUCGGCGUCUCAAUCUUUGAGCGCUUCGUGCGAGAUGGGAUCGUCUCCCAGGGCAGCGGCUUCGUCCAGCUGGACGAGCAGCAGCGCAUGCACCCCUCGAUCUCACGGUUCCCGUGCGACGCCUUCUACGGCGGGACCGUGCGCGAUGGCGCGGAGAUGUCACAGCGCGAGCCGAUUCCCGGGUUCCCUUGGCCCGUGCCCGAAUGCCACGUGGCCUUCGUCGAGUGUGGCGUUUACAGUGGUGAGGAGGGGGCCCUUGGAGGUAGCCACUCCAACUACCGCGAGGCAGAGGUCCUCCUGGCCGUCCUGAAGCGAUGUUUGCUGGAAGGCACUGCGGCCAGCCAGAUUGGCAUCAUCACCGGUUAUUCUGCGCAGCAGGCCUUGCUGCAGCGGGAAGUUGCCAAGUUGGGCCUCCCCGGCUUGCGAGUGGAUACCGUUGACGGCUUCCAGGCCAUGAUCCGCCCAGAUCAGCUUGACGUUGUCGUGCUGGGAGCAACGGGCUUCACUGGAAAGCUGGCAUGCGAGUAUCUGGCAAGCUAUGGCGACAAGGUGUCCUGGGCCAUGGCCGGCCGAGACCUCGCCAAGCUUGAGGCCACGCGAGCCGGCCUGCCCACCAAAGCCGACAUCAAGCUUCUGAAGGUGAACCUCAAGAAGGAUGAGCUCGUGGAGCUGGCGAAGAAGACGAAGGUCAUCAUGAACUUCGCCGGCAGCCCAUACAGCGACAAGGCGCUGCCCGUGGUGGAAGCCUGUGCCUCCACAGGAUGCUGCUACAUCGACAUCACUGCAGAGGUUCCUUUCAUCAAGACCUCCGCCGAGCGCUACGAUGCUGUCGCCAAGCAGUCUAAGGCGCUGAUCCUCCACAGCUGCGGCUUUGACAGCGUCCCCUCGGACCUGGGAGCGCUCAUGGCCGCGAGGGAGAUGCGCAAGCGCCAUGAUGCAGACUGCAGCGCCAUCCGGAGCUUCGUCUACGCCUCCGGGGGCUUCAGUGGUGGCACCUUGCACAGCCUGAUGCACAUGUACCAGGCCAAGGACGUUGAGAACUACGAUGCCCUGAUUCGACCGUAUGGCUUGGAUCCGCCAGGCGGCCAGGCAGGACCCGACACCUGCGACGGAGGCAGCAUCGACCAGCUGCCCGGAUACGAGCCGCUGGUGGAUCAGUGGAUCAUGCCGUGGGUCAUGGCACCCAUCAAUGUCCGGAACGUGCGCCGCAGCAACGCGCUCUCCGGCUACUCCUACGGCCAAACCUGCAGUGUGGGCGAGGAGGGCUACUUCCAAGUCAAGACCAUCGCCCUCGCUGACAAAGAGGCCAGCAAGGCUCCCCUCAAGGUGGUUGCCCAUGUACAGAGCGGCAAGUGUGGGGAUCCGGGAUACAAGUCCACGGCCCUCAUGUCGGUCGAGUGCGCACUCUGCUGCGUGCUGACGCCGUCGUUUGCCCUCGGCCAAGUCCUCAUCGACCGCCUCAACCGGGCGGGGAUGAAGCUCUUCGUAAGAUCCCACUUCAAGGUCGGAUUCAUGCGCGACCCGCGCCGGGUCAACGUCCUGCUCACCCGCGCGCGGCGUGGCCUCGUUGUGUUCGGGAACGGCCCCACGCUGAGCUCGGAGGUGGAAACCUGGAGACCCUGGUUGGCGUGGGUCCGUGAUCAGGGCGCGCACAUGCUAGCGGAGCACCUGUUCGACGGUGCAGGCCUUGGCGGCCACAUCCCAUGUGUUGACCCGUGGGACUUGCCAGAGGUGUCUGGACCUUCUGAUGUUGACAGGAGCAUGUCUUCAACACCUUCUCCAGAGCGGCCACCAACUGCAUCCUACCGACCGGCAUCCUUCCCGCCCUUCCCAGGCGCAGUUCCGCCAGCUGCCUUCCCGCCGCCGACGUCCUUCCCUGAGCCUGCAUCCUUCCCUCGCCCUGCAUCCUUCCCUCCGCCUGCGUCCGCCCCUCGCCCUGCAUCCUUCCCUCCGCCUGCAUCCGUCCCUCGGCCUGUGUCCUUCCCUCCCUUCCCUCCAGCUUCUUUCCCACCGGCACCCAUCCCAGCAUCUGCGCCAACCACCGCAGCAACCACCGCACCAGCAAGCGUGCCUGAACCUGCAAACGCCCCAGCAACAGCAACUAUCCCAGCCACAUCCUUGCUGCCACCUCUUUGCCCCUGGACUGCGGCAAGGACCCAUGCCCACGGUGCGCAUACCAAGCAGGACCUCCACCAGGCCCAGACGAGGGCCUCGGCGUGGCUGGGCGAUGAGGCCAAGCAACGGACAGACGUCGCCAUUGAGGAGCUCGCCGCCUCCGUAGAUACCAACUUUCGGAAGCGACAGGAACAGCGGGUGAAGGACGCAGAAAUCUCCGACUCGAAUGUUUGGGUGGAAUAUGUGGACCCAGUUACCCAGAAGAUUUGGCUCCAGAAUGAGGAGACCGGGGAGACGAUGUGGAAGCAUGACAUGAUCAAGGGCAAUCAAGCAAGACGGUGA